AUGUCGGACUUGGAAGGCGAGCUCGUCUCCCUCAAAAACCUCCUCUCGUCCCGCGCCAACAUCAUCCACACCAUCGCCGACGGCGUCCGUAUCGAGUCCCUCCACGAAGGUCCCCACCACCACCACCACUCGCCCGACGACCCCCUCGAACCCCCCUCAAACCCCAUCACCACCGACCCCUCCUCAAACCCCCUCGUCGAGAACCUCGAGAUCCUCCUCGCCGAGCACCGCGUCGACGAGGCCCUAUCCCUCCUCGACGACGCCAAGCAUGCAGCGCUCGACAAACCCCUCGCCCCCUCAUCCCUACUCUCCCUGCAGAACACCAUCCUCGAGUACCGCCAGAGGCUCGCCGACCAGCUGGCCGAAAUGCAUCAGAACUUCUCAGAUGGAUAUGUGAUUGUGGCAAAAAAAGAUUUCUAUUUGGAUAUGGAGUUUGUGAUACUUUUUGCAUCUCAAGGACGAUAUCUGUCUCGUAACCUGCAUCAAGUGAUGAAGAACAUAAUCGGUAGAGCUAUUGAAGCCGUCCAGGCAAAAAAUAUCGAUCCAUACAGUGUGUUGCUCGAGGAUGAAUGGUUUGCUGAUAUUGCCCAAAUCGCUAUAAAAAUGCUGAUGGGCCAUCCAGAGUUUGAAAAUGCCGAGCGCGACAUGAACAGUCCUACAGCCUCAAUGUCGGCAAGAUCUGUGUCAUCAGCUCAUUCUCACGGGAGCUCAUAG